AUGGCGACCACUAAGUCUCCGGUCGCUGCUACACCCCCACACUCUCACGACCGCGCACAGGACGGCGCAGCUAGCUAUUUCCCUCAACAGCAGCAAGAGCAGCCACAUUAUCACGGCAGCGCAGACGCCGAAACCCUCACCAACACCUUGGCAAACUCGCACGUUGCUCAGCCGGACCACAGCAAUCACCUUGCCGCUCCUGUCGGUAUUCGUCCGACAAAAUUCACCGAGGAGUGGGAUGCGAGCCAGCGUGGAAGCUCCAUUAUAGAAGUCACCAAAAUGCAGCGGUCCAGCUCCUUCUCAGGUUCGGUGGCAGGAGGGGUGACGGGCGAGGGGGCUGUGGGUCUCUCUCGUGGCAACACGUUGAAGAAGAAAGCGUCGUUGCGACGAAAUGGAAGCCUGAAGCGCAGUAGCAGCCGCCGAAGCAUGAAGGCUGGGAGUGUUAGGAGCUUAGCCCUCCAGUCAACGAUCGAUCAAGAUGAGAUACAUAGUGCAUUUUACUGCCCGGUGCCAACUGCAGGCACCCCGACCGAAGUACUUGCCAACAGAUUCCAAGCCUGGCGAAAGAUUCUGAAAGACCUCAUCACCUACUUCAGGGAGAUUCAGAGUCACUACGAGCACCGAGCAAAGUCGCUCCUUAAACUUACAAACGUGCUGAACAAUACGGCGACCCCUCCCGGUUUUCUCGCUUCUGGUGGACUCGACGACGCCUUGCAGAUACUGAGAAAUCUCAACAAGCAGGUUGUGACCGAGGCAAAUAAGGCGGCCGAGAUUGAGGAAGACGUUAUUCUUGCUCUCACGGGCUUGCGGAAUGACCUGCACCAGAAAAUAAAGGAGAUAAAGAACUUGUCUAGCGAUUUCAAGAACUCGGUCGAGAAGGAGAUGGAAUCAACACGCAGGGUCGUAAAUCAUCUGCAGGAAGCUUUGGGACAGACUGAACUCGACUCUGCUCUUACAACCGGGAAGCAAGACCCCUAUCUCUUGAGACUAGCUGUUGAUCGACAGAUCGAGAAGCAGAUCGACGAGGAGAACUACCUACACCAGGCUUAUCUGAAUUUGGAGAACUCCGGACGCGAGCUAGAGUCUAUCGUCGUCGGGGAAAUCCAAAAGUCAUACAAUGCAUACGCCGGAAUUCUUAAGAGAGAAUCGGAUGCGGCUUACAACGCCGUCGAGGAGCUUCGGAUCGGGCCAGUAUCCAUGCCCAAAGACACCGAGUGGAUCUCGUUCGUCCAAAGAGACGAGCGUUUCGUGGACCCGGACGUGCCAAUUCGAGCGGCCGAGUUCAUCCAGUACCCAGGUCGCGAUCACUACGCAUGCCAAGAAAUCCGAGCAGGCCUACUGGAGCGCAAGAGCAAGUAUCUAAAGAGCUAUACGGCUGGAUGGUAUGUGUUGUCACCCACUCAUCUCCACGAAUUCAAAUCCGCGGACAAGACUCAGGCUCCUGUCAUGUCUUUGUAUCUCCCGGAACAGAAAUUGGGGUCCCAUUCUACCGAAGGUGGCUCGUCAAACAAGUUCAUCCUCAAAGGUCGCCAAACAGGAUCUAUGCACCGUGGCCACACAUGGGUCUUCCGAGCCGAGAGCCACGAUACAAUGAUGGCCUGGUAUGAAGACAUAAAGGCACUCACCGAGAGGACCCCUGAAGAACGCAGCAAUUUUUUGCGUGGCCAUGGGCGGAGCCUCAGCCGGUCGUCUCAGCGUUCAUCGCUGAGCAGCGACGGUAUGGUUGACGACGACGAGGACCCUCCGUUUACAGCGACAGCCGGAUCGGUCAACCAGCAGCCAAAGCAAGAUAUGAUGCCGCGACGUCCUUCAGGUGGGCGAUUCCCAUCUGAUCUACAGGUGAACCCGGAGAGAGGCUUACAGGUCCCGCUCUCACCGCUUAGUGUGAGCUCCGGAUAUAACGAGAUCAUUGACCGCGGUUUUAUCGCCGCCGCUGGCCAUCUGCCCGAAAAUGAACUUGGCCAGCCGCAUUACGCUUCCCACGACCCCGAUUCCGACUACUUGGGCAGGUCAGCGGCGCGUCAAAGCAGUGUAAUCCAGCCAAGCUCAGGGAGCGGUCUUGGAGGCGAAUCGAUCCCUCACGCAGCCUCAAAACACUAUGGGAAGUCCCCGAUAGUGGGAGCCCAGAUACCGGGAACCGCACCAGAUGAGCCAUGGGGACCCAGCAGCCAGGGAACUGGGACGGAGGCAAAUUCCUUGCCCACAGGCCUCAGAUUGCCUCCAUCGCCUAUGAUCGGAGCUGACUCAGCGUGGACUGGGCCAGUACAGUCCAUUACUCCCGACUUUGCUGUUGAUUCCACCACGAAAGGCCAACAGAUAUUGUCGUCCGAAAGCGAUAGAAGUUUCACGAAUUCACAUAGUUCCGAAGACCCUGUGGUGGUGAUUGGCCAGUAUUCGGGUGGUGCAACAGCUGAUGGGGCUAGGGAACUGGAUUUGGAUGCGAGCGGCGGUGCCAUUGCUCGGGAGGGCGAAAGAUUGACACGGCCAGUAGGUGGAACAGUACGGAACGAUAGCGUUCCGACCAUCUCGCACCUGCAUAUUCCUGGAGAAUAUCCUAGAGGCUCAACCUCGGGCUUUUCUUAG